GAACAAGCUCCUGAAAAAGGUCAUCCGCCCCGCCAUCAGCCCAUCGUUUCAACCAUCGCCUGGCUCACGCCGUCACGAUGCAUUUCUCCGCCCUCAUCCUCACAACGCUUGCGCUGUCGGCACGUGUCAUUGCGCAGAGUGCCGUGAGCUGCGGCAGUAAUGUGUACACCGAUGAACAGAUCCAGGAAGCGGCCGAUGAAGCUUGCAGGCUCUUUGAAAGCGGUCGCCAGCUCGGAAGGAACAACUACCCGCAUCGGUACAAUAACUUUGAGGGCUUCACGUUCGACAAUAUUAGAGGGCCCUUCCAGGAGUUUCCCCUUCUGAGACGAGGCGUGUACACGGGAAACAGUCCCGGACCUGAUCGAGUCAUCAUCACAGAGAACUGCGAACUGGCCGGUCAAAUCACUCACACCGGAGCUUCUCGUAACGGCUUCGUAGACUGCGACAAUGCCAUCUCGGUUCGGACGCAGGGGAACAACAGCAGCGGGAACGAUACGAGUUCCGACGACAGUAGCGACAGUAGCAGCAGUAGCAACAACAACAGCAACAACAACAACAACGGUGGCAGCAGCAACAGUAGCGACGACGACGACAGUAGUGGCAUUCGCCUAGGAUCUGGUUUUGGGCCGAUGCUUGCUGCAGCUGGAACCGUCGUGCUUGCACUAUUCGCCUGAUUUAUCGUCUGGUGGAGUGACAAUUGAAGAGGGAAGAAAAGCGCAAAGCAGACAAGGCCUCGAAGCAUGGCUCACAGUCGACUUGGAUGCACACCAUGAUUGGAUGGUCGGCGUGGGAUGGGCAUCUCGACGCGAACGAGAGAUAUCGAUAGCAGCAAAGGCCCCCUCAGAAUGCCAUGGGCGCCCUCUUCCUCCCUGCAA